UCUACUAUAUGACUAGGCUUAAUUACUUCUAGUGCCAUUAUUGCUCUUUCACCUCUAUAAAUAAUAACAGUAAAAGCUGUACUGUAGACCCGAGUGUUUAAGCAUCUCUGGUCUUCAGCAGGAGCUAAAGUUUCCCAGGCAGGAGGCGGUGUUUCCGAAACAAAGAUAUCAUAUCCCCCUUCACCUGAUUCACCGGGGUCUCCAGUUACACCCAAUCACACCUGCAGGGCCUGCCCGCUCCCAGUCUCUCUGGAGACGGCUCAACACUGCUCAGCCCGGCGGAGAGUCAGUGAUUUAAUCAGAGAGGAUCAGCGGGGGAAUGAGGGGAGUUUUCUCAGCUCCAGCGGCUCCAGUCUCUGUAGGAGAUCAGAAAUGGCGGGACCGCUCUCUGAGCUCCAUCCAGCGCGCCCAGCGCCUUGUCCUGCAGACCCACAUGGACGCGCUUCAGUCGCCUGCGCGAUACCGCAGAGCCCCGCUGUCCUCCAGACUGUCCAACAGUAUACGGCUCGAGACUCUAGAUCCUAUCCGACCCAAAUCCACCGGGACUACGCUGUAUUCUUUGGGUGUGGGUGGCCCAUUUCCAUCACCUGCCCUUCGUGACCAAAGCGCAGAAGUCAGCAUCAGUUUAGCUGGCAAGUACAUGCGUGGCGUGAGAGAAGUGGAGGGAUGGUUGCGGAGAGAAGCAGGGAAGGUCACUCAAGAGGCUACGAAGCUGCAACACCAGAGAGAGAGGCUGGAGAAAUUACUCUGGAGCUUCAGGAAAGCUCUACUUGUCAACCAGCAGAGCACAGAUGGGAGGAAAUGCAGACCAGCCACCACAGAGACAGGUAGAGAUGGCGCAGAUCUUCUGCUCAGCCAUGAGAGGAAAGGCCUAAAUAAGCUGAAGCAAAAAAUGGAUAUCAUCCUGAAAGAUACUCUAACUCAAGAGCAGGCCCUGGCUCACUGCAGCAGGCAGCUACUGGAUUGUGCCUUAGAAAGGUCCAGCGUAAUAGAGCUUCUUCCUCAGCUUGGGUCACCAUCAAAAAACGUGCACACUUCCUCCUCCUCGCCCCUCUCCAUGAAACCUGACUCUGCUGGACCAUAUACCCCAGAGUGUAAAGAGGUGCUGGAGUCGUCUGCGGCUGAGUUACAGAAGUCUCAGCAGCUCAGGGAGAGUAUUAAACAGCUGAUGUGUGAUGCCAUCAUUAAGCAGAAAAAUCUACAUUAUUCAGCCAAUGAGGGGCUGCUGAAAAAAAUAGCAGAAACGGUUAAUCUGCAGCAUCAUCUAACACUGAGCUCCGCUGCUACAAAACAGGCCAUCAACCGCAAGCAGAGACAGAUGCAGUCUGCCAGCUACAGUCAUGGCAGAGUUUUGGGCCCAGUUUCCAGUGAGGACCUGUUCUGCAGAGAGAAGCUUGACAGGCCUGUGAUGCAGGUCUAUGGAAGACAUCAAAGUUGGCUCCUUCCAGAGUCCAAUCUCCUAACACAGGGCAAUGUUACGCUGAAGCAACACCUGGAGUCUGCAGAGAAAGCUGUAGAAGAACUGCAGGUUGCUCGAUUGCAUUUGGAUGAGGACACAUAUUUAAAGCGGGCUGCAGCUAGUGUGGACUCAUCUGUUGUCCGGCUUCGUAGAAGACUUGUACGUCCAAAGAUUCUUCAGGUGACAAACACCUAAAAUUCGAAGGACAUACAAACUAUAGAAAUCGAGUCUGUACUAUUAAACUCUUUAUGCCCAGUGUUACAUUAAAACUUUUAUAUAAGAA